AUGAAUCUCGCAAUGAACCUCACCGGCAUGUCCAUGUGGUGUCUCAUCGCCUACUGGAUGUACUGCCACAAUGAAGGUGUUGGAUUCACCAACAAAGACCUUGCCCAUGUCACCAACCUUCAGAAAGUGUUCAAGGCACAGAAGACCCUUCUCCACCUCAGACUCCUCAUGGCACAGCACCAUGAGGAGCUCACCACUGUGAUUGGCACCCUUGCUAUGGCUGCCUCUACAUGA